AUGGCAUCCAAAAAAAGACAACAGUGGGACGAGCAUGAUAUGCGAGAGGCUAUUGAGAACGUACAAGAUCACAGUAUGGGCUUUAAGUUGGCUGCAAAGACCUUCAAUGUUCCCAAAACAACUUUGCGAAGGCGUUUGGCUAAACAGGACAGUUCCAAGGGUAAUUUGGGAGGACGAACCGCAAUUUUCUCUAAAGCCAUCGAAGAGGAGAUUGCAGGAUAUAUUAUUGAUAUGGAAACACGUUUUUUUCGUUUAACCUCUAAAGAUUUGCGGCGGAUGGUAUUCGAAGUAGCCGAAAAAAAUAAAAUACAGCAUCGUUUCAAUCGUGAAACAAAAAUGGCAGGUUGGAAAAGGGUGAGGGGAUUCCUGAAGCGCAAUCCACGAAUUUAUUUGCGUAGUCCAGAAAGUACAUCAUUAGCUAGAGCCCAGGCUUUUAACAAGCCUAAUAUUCAAGCCUAUUUCAAUGCACUAUCUAACACUCUGGAGCAGUACAACUUUCCUCCCGAAAAUAUAUUUAAUAUGCAUGAGUCAGGUUUGACUACGGUCCAAAAGAAAUGUCAAAAAAUUUACGCUUCAAAAGGUCGGAAGCAAGUUGGUGCACUCAGCAGUGCAGAGCGUGGGCAGCACGUGACCGUAGUGUGCGCAAUGAAUGUCAUGGGCACUUACAUCCCUCCUGCUCUUAUUUACCCUCGUCAAAGGAUGAACGAUGAGCUUAUGAACGGUGCUCCCGUUGGUAGCAUAGCUUUCGUACAAGAAAAAGGUUGGAUGACCAGUGAAAUUUUUUGUAGAUGGCUAAAGCAUUUCGUGAAGUAUACGAAAGCAUCUAAUAACAAUAAGGUUCUUUUGCUCCUAGAUGGGCACAGUAGCCAUAAGAGUCUCGAAUCUCUUCAGUUUGCAAAAGAAAAUGGGGUAAUUGUGUUCUGCUUCCCGGCACAUUGUUCACAUCACGUUCAACCAUUGGACGUAGGAUUCUUCCGUCCUCUUCAUACGUAUUUUGAUCAAGAAAUUCAAUUAUGGCUUCGUCAAAACCCGGGGAAGGCAGUGACUCAAUUCAAAAUAGCAGGUCUUCUCAAUCAAGCUUAUUUGAAGAGUGCUGUACCAUCAAAUGCAAUAAAUUCGUUCGAACAGACUGGGAUUCAUCCUUUCAAUCCUCAUGUCUUCGAGGACUGGCAGUUUGCACCAGCUUUGGCAACGGAUGAGCAGAUUCCCGAGGCUCAAGGAGAUAUCAUCGAGAACCAAAUGGAAUUAGAAAUUCAAACCCCAUCCACAUCUGGUCUUAACAUGUCUUCAUCGUCAGUUCUCGACAUUUCUGUGAAGGAAAUUUGUCCUCCCCCUCAAACUGUAGCAAUUGGUACUGAUAAAAAAAAUGCAGAAGAAGGGGAAAAACUGGUCAUUUGA